GUUAUUUAUUGAAAUGUCGAAGUUGACGAAGCAGACCACCGGCGAAGCGGAAUCACUCGAGCAAUGGGCGAUUCUUGUUCUACCCUGGCUUCCUCCCUCUGCCCUCUCCGCCGCAGCCUCAACCUGCCGCUCCCUCAGCCGCGUCGCCGCCACUGUCAACUCUCGCCGUGUCGCCGACGCCGCCCGCGGUCUCGAGAUCUAUCCCAUCCCAUUCCACAACCCGACCUCGGAUCCCACGCCCUAUUCCUACUUCCUCUACUCCCGCUUCCCCUUCUCUUCUCCGCCUCCCUUUUGUCAGUCCUGGGGCGGAAACCUCUCAAGGCCUGCAACCAACCCCUUCUCUCUUGCGAAUUUCAUAUCCAGUGUCACAACAGUCAGCUUUUUCUCUGGAUGUGACUGCGUCGGUUGCUCGAUCGAUGGGGGGUGCCCUUGCUCAGGUUUUGAUGAUGGUGGAGGAAUAGGGGUGGGGUCGUUGAGGGAAUGUGGGGUACAUUGCUCGUGUGGGUUGGAGUGCGUGAAUAGGACUACGCAGCGAGGGAUCGGCGUUAGGGUUAAGAUUGUUAGAGAUUUGAAGAAGGGCUGGGGAUUGCACGCGGAUCAAGUCCUGAACAAAGGGGAGUUCAUUUGCGAGUAUGCAGGCGAAUUUGUGACAACAGAAGAGGCGAGAAGGCGGUUACAGACAUACGAUGAGCUUGCAUCCACUAACAAGCUUUCACCUGCACUUCUUGUUGUGAGAGAACAUCUUCCGUCUGGUAAAGCUUGCCUGAGGGUCAACAUUGAUGCAACCAAGAUUGGAAAUGUGGCUCGGUUCAUCAAUCACUCGUGUGACGGUGGCAAUCUGAUGGUCGUGCUGGUGAGGAAUUCUGGUUCAUUUCUUCCUAGGCUUUGUUUCUUUGCUGCUUUAGAUAUUUCAGAAGGUGAGGAGCUCACCUUUAGCUAUGGAGAUACUCACCUCAGGCCAAAUGGCCUGCCUUGCUUUUGUGGAAAAGAAGCUUGUAUGGGUGUCCUUCCCUCAGAGGAAACAUAACAUGGCAUGGCCUAUUGUUCUUGUGAAUAUAUGAUGUUAGAUAAGCAUUAUGAUCUUUAGUUGAAAAGCUUAAACUUACAACCGAUAGACUUAUAAACUAAGAUGAGCUACAUAAAUAAAGCUAUUCUCCUCAUGUUCUUCUUUCA